AUGGCCAAACUCUCGGGGCUUUUCAAAAAAAACGAGCCCGAACGGGAGGCUGUUCCAAUGGCGGCCGGGGUUUCAAACUUAUCUUCAGAGGACGCAUAUAGCCUUUACUAUGGAGAUGGUGCGGAUCUACGCUCGGUUUAUACAUCCGGUCAGGACACUACGUAUACGCGGGGUGGAGUCAGCAGUAUUGGUGGGUCCAGCGAUAUUCGGGAUUUCCGGCCAACAGGUGUACUUGGGACAAUUUACACGACAUAUGGCGAGCUACAGCCGUCGUCAGAUUUGACGGUAGUUCACGACUCUUUGGUGAAGGCAGACUUGGGAGACGAACGCGACGCGGCAAGGUAUACGCGACAAUUACGGGACCAAGCGCGUAACCGGAACCGGCUGAGGCCGCUGGCGCAGCAGCGCGCCAACGAUAAGCUGCUACGACAGAUUGAUGAGAAAAUCGGUGAGGCGGAGUACGAGGCACAGGUGUUUGAGCAGAAGCGAGAGUGGGCGGCGGAGGCUGCGCGAGGCAAUGGUAAUUACGUUGAGCUGAAGCUUCCUCAGGAGGCAGCUUUGGCAGGCAGUGGUGGGAACAACAAAGGUCCUCAGAAGUACUUUUCGAUAUACGAUCAAAAUCUUCGAGUGAUUCAGAAGCAGAAUCAGAUCAGACAACAGGAGGAGGAGGAUAGGAAAAAAAUGCGAUGGAAAGUGGGCGAAAUGCCCAAUGGCGAUAUCAUGGCUGUGACUGCACAGGGUGUCCCCAUGGAAAAAUUGCAACGGGCCCAAGCAGAGGCAUGGGAGCGCGAGAGAGCUGCCUGGGAGCGUGCAGAGCAGCAGCGAUUGGCUCAGGAACGAAUGGAGCAGGAGCGACAGGAGCAGGAGCGACAGGUCCAAGAACAACUUGAGCAAGAACGACUGGAGCAGGAAACUUACGUUUCGGCACCAUAUUUCGCGCAAGAACCAACCGGGUCAACAUCUUCACUGGACUCUUCAACGGCAAUUUAUAGUAAUAACGCCAGCGCGUCUAGUUUAAGUUCAGGGUACGGAACGGCCGCAUCAGCUGGUGGAUACCCGAGCAGUGGUCCUGCAAACAUGUCGUCCAUGCCUUCGCUAAGCUCUUCGGAAUACUACCAUCAGCAUACAGCAUCAGCAGCAUCAGCAGCAGCAGCAGCAGCUUCCGGCAGCAAUUUGGCGAGCUUUUCAAGUGCGGCUGCGUCGGAAUCUCCUCGUUCGGUUCAGUCGGCCGGUGUUUCCGAGUCUCCGCGGUCGGUGCAAUCAGCAUCGUCGUCGUCCAAAGGCUGGUUCUCUUCAACCUCGGCUAAUUCGAGCUCUAUCAGCUUGCACACAGCACACACGUCGGCACAUGAGGUCACGGUUCCAACACAAACAUACCAACAGCCCACUCUUGCGAGUCUUGUUGCGCUUGAUCAGCCUGAUGACAAUUCCUCGGUCCAAGACUUUACGGCACUUCCGUUGCCCAAUCCUGCAUAUGCGGUCAGCGAACGACCAAAGUCCAAGAACAAGUCCCGGUCACGGUCUAGUUCCAAAACAAGAAGAUCCAGAUCUGGCUCACAUUCGAGGUCCAGGUCGAGGUCCAGGUCGAGGUCUCGGACGCGGCCCCAAUCGGAAUCGUCCAUCAUGGACUCUCCACAUACGGGCGUUCAUCGGCGGUACGUUUCUUCGGCGUCAUCAACGUUUUACCCAGCUAGCAUGUACCGGGAGGUUGACGGUAUGGACAGCGUUUUACCUGAAGGUGAGUCGUUUGACGGCGGGGCAGUUGAGUAUGAGAAUUCCACUGUAAGACCCGGGUCUCUUUUGACUGAGUCGAUUGCUACUGAGUCUAAUGGAACCGAGUCAGCUAUCUCCGAGUCAAUUGGUUCCAUGCAAGUAGUCCAGCCUAGUUUUGAUCAGGCGGUUGUUGCGACGACCCCCCUGAGCGGUUCAGCCGCGCGUGACGAGGUAGUGACGAAUUUGGAGGCCCAAGCAAUCGCGUUUUCACCCACCAACACAACCACCAAACCUGGCAACUUAAACCAGCCAGACUGUGACCUGAACACAAGCAAACAGUACCAAGACGAACCCGAGACGGGACAUACUAGCAUUCCAAGUUCGAGAAGUUCCGGUAAGAUGAGUGCCAACGAGACCUCACACUUUUCGGCCAAGGCUAUCAUAGACCGAUACAAUAAAAUCAACUCCAACAAACAUAAAAAACCCAAGGCCGAAGCAGCUGCAGCCCCCCUACCACCAACCCAGUCUGCAGUAAACGCGAUUGCAACUCCGGGGCCCACUGCGACCAAGGGAGGUGUUUCUGAAGCAGCCCCGGCGACUGCAGCAGCUCCGAAUCAUAAUCACAAUAACGGGUAUCCGUUCAAAAAACCUCUCACGUCGUUUGGCAAGGUACUUGUAGCACCGGUCAACCUUUUAGUCAAUGGCACCACGUCGACACAUCCACCCCCUAGUAAUAUCCGUGUGGUGGACUCGCGAGUCCCUCAGCCGACUCCUCAGCAAAUGGCAAUGGCCGGACCACAUCCCAAUAACCCGAAUCACUAUGUACAACCCCCACAAUACAAUUUUUCUGCAGUACGGCCGCAAUUUCUCAAAACGCAGUAUCCUGAUGGGACCGGCAACUAUAUGGAGAUCCCUAUUGUGCUGAUGGACUAUACAGAUGAAGAUAAGUUUAUUAAAAACUCGAAGAAGUCGCAGCAUUCUGUGCCGGUCGUGUCUACGCCUGUACAGCAGAUUAAAGGCCCGGAGCACUAUCAGCCAGCAACCCCAGCAUCAGCAGCAGCAAUAGCAAAAAAUACCACGGUGGUAGGGUCAUAUACAGCAUUACCAGCAGCAGCAGCAGUAGCAUCAGCAGCAACAGUAGCACCUCAAGCAGUGGUUUCUAUGCCGGUUGCAGCCAAACCUAAAAAGGUAGCUUUGCAUGCUCGUAAAGGUGUACGCGUUGUGGCCCCUGACGCGUCGUCCUUGUCACACUCCCAUAUGGGCCAUCACCCGAAUGCAGAAUCAGAAGUUCUUGAGUACGCACCAAUGAUGCCCGGGUCAUCUUCGUCGCGGCGCCGCGCGCGGGCACCUACUGAAAAGUCCAUGUCGCUGUACUCGCGGCGCGGUGAGCUAGUAGUGGAUGUUCCUUACUCGAGUGUCCGCAAUGGUAUGUUAUCGGACCCCGUGGGUGUACCUGUGAUCAAGGGAGACCGCGUGCCAGAACCGCCUAUUUACGCUCCGCCGGCCAAGCCUCCCAAGGAACCACUAGAAAGAUCGCCAAAGAAGGGGAAACCCAUGAGUAGUAGUCAUCCAGAGGCCAAAAGAGAGGCUGUCCAAGCGGAAGAAGAUACAAGCCGGUUGCUUUACAAUUCGUGGCUCUCGACGCGUGCUGCUAUUGAAGGAUGGGCCACGGAAACUGUGGGUGGAAUAACGGCAACACUAAGACCCACGCUACCGCCGAGCCAGGUGUUGACGGCCAAACAGGCUGCAGAGAUGUCUGCAGCGCGGUACAUGCGGGCGAACCCUGAUUUACGGGCAAUUGAGACGGCAGCUAAUGGGCACACCAUGGCGAGUCCGCAAUCGGUAUAUUCAUCGUCCAUGUCUUCUGGGUCAUACUCUUCAAGAUCAGAAUCAGUUUCUUCAUCGCUGGUGCGCAGCUCGAUUUUAGAAUCAUCACCACGGUCUGGACACUCGCACACAACAGGUGUAUCGCAACCAUCAACUCACACGGCCACAGCAACGGCCACGGCAGCGGCACGGUCCACAUCUACGUUCCCAGGGACCCCAGCAAGUUCACAGAUUAAGGUAAGGAUUCCAAUUGCCAAUGUGCCAUUGCGAGACAUUGAACCUACGUUGUAUACAGGACAAGGUGAUGUAGAUAUGGAGAUGGUAGACCGGUCGCGGAUCGGGUCGCCGGUACCUGGAUUUGGUGGGCCUGGGGGAACGUAUGGACCUGAGCCACGCACACCUGGGGCACCGUCUCAAGGGUUGUUAGAAGCUGCAGCUCUUAAAGCACACCGGUCACCUGCAUUUUCUAAGCUUAAACAGAUUUUUGGAGGCAAAACUCCAGAGACAAACAACAAUAAGAUAGGAGGAACAGUUGGGAACACGCCUCGAGGUGUACCGCGGGUAGUAACAGCAGCCACGACGCCUGCCAUGUCGAGUCGCACGCAGCAUGCGUCGACCAAGCACGGGUCAGUGUAUGGGUUUGGGGUUGAUACAAAAGCCAGUGGUGAGGUAGUUACGGAUCGACAGUUACCACCAGCGCUUGCUGCUAGUGGUCCUUUACUUCGUGGGGUAUUUGCAGCGAUUCGGCGGGUUGCACAACUUAGUGUUAUUUUAAGGCCGAUUGAUAAUGUGGCAGAUACGGUACCGAUGUUAUAUCCGACUGUGAUUAUAUUGGAAGUAUUGGCACUAUUGUGGUUAUUGCAUCAGGUUUCAAUGAUUUUGGAGGUUAUUUUGGCUGUCACACGGACUAUUUCUGCACCGGUUGCUGGGCUCUCGCACAUUUUGACUGCUGGGUUGGGUGGAGCAGCCAAAGCAUCAGUAGAGGAGAUUGUAGAGGGAGCAGGAGGGCGUCAUCAUGUGCUUUAA